CAAAUUCCGAGCACAUCCAAGUCUUCGUGCGCUCUGUGGAUCCUCAUGAAGCCCCCAAUUGUCGUGUGGCGCACGUGCUUCUGCACCCGGCUAAUGAUUGGUCCGCACUUUCAGGGGAUUCCUGAAACCAACCAACCAGAACAUUCAAAUCAUAACGAGAGUUUUUUCGACCAGGUAAAUGAACCAGAAUGCAACUUGACAAGAGCAAAUAACAAUGGAUUCUAAAGACGUGUACCAAUGUUUAGUGAAUUUCUGACACAGGUCAACGAAGGUUGGGAUUUUCAGAUGACGAGCUUCCCCAGUCAACAGAGGUAGUGGAAGAUUCUCUAGAGAGUCCAGACAUGCCCCUUGACCCGGCCACGCCAUGCACUCCCGCCUCUGUAACCAAUGACGACAACUAUGACCGCUCCUCCUUCAGUAUCUCUAUGGACAGUGGACUAGGAUCACCUGCAGACUUUGCAAUGAAGGAUUCACAUGGGUCACACAACUCACUGGCCCUUGGCAACAAGAACAGUUACCUUGGCAACAAGAAUAGCCUCCAUGGCAACGAGAGUGUUGCCCUCCAGCCUAAGAAGGGGAAAAAGGCUGUGGAGCAUAUCAACAAAGAGAAAGUGAGAAGGGACCGUAUCAAGGACAGCUGUGACCAGCUACGUGUGCUUCUACCCUACAUCAAGGGACGCAAGACUGACAUGGCCUCCAUCUUGGAGAUGAGUGUGGAGUAUCUGAGGAUUGUGAACCUGUACAUGCCUCAGUCACUGCAGGACCAGAUCAUAGACUGCCUGAGCAAGGACCCAUCUCUGGAGCCCAAUCUUGUGAAGCAGCAGCUCAUGACGCUGGAUCCUCCAAGGCCAUCAACCAACCCCGUGAUGGGAAGAUCUGCAUCCAAAGGCAGCCAGGAUACUGGAUGUGCUAAACGUGUGAAGCUGCAGCAACCAAGUGUCAGUGAGGCUUCCCUACUAGAUGACAACCAUCUGGAGUCAGGACGCUAUGAGCCUACCUUGGCCAGUCAUGUUGACACAGGUUUGUCUCCCCUGAGUGAAUUUGAUAGCCAGACGUUUGUGCGAUCCAGCAGCCUGCCUUACUCUGACAGCUUCUCGUCACACCAGAUGUUUGGCACGUUCCCACCCGCCAGCAAGCCGCUGUUCCAGGAGCUGGAGCCAUACCGCCCACCCUACACCUCUCCUGACUCAGCCCUCUACCACUACUACCCCAAGCUGGUCCCUAACUACAUGGGGGCUGGGAACAUCGGGGCCAUGGAGCGGGGCAGCAUCAAGACAGAUGGCAUGUCUGGAAUGGGCAUGGAGGAGGCAAAAGGGUCUGAUGUGAAUAAUAACAUGAUCCAGGUGGUGAAUAGGAAUGAUUUAUAGAUAUCUGUUGGUGGGUAGGCAGUGAAACCUUGGAAAGUUAAGUCUUGAAGAAGGAAUUAAGUCGUGUUUUGUGAAAAUGAGACUUCAUGCAUGGGCAUGAAGUGUUGUCCCAGAUAAGUCGGUCUAGUUUGCACAGGGUUAUCAGGGACGACACUUUCCACUUUAUGGAAAUGUUUGCUUUAAAGAUGUCACUUGUAAACAAAAUCUAGUUUAGGCGGAAUAUGUCGUCCCUGAUGAGGUUGUGUGGAUUGCACAGGCUAAUCUGGAACGAUACUUUAUGCCCAUGCAAUAAGUCCCAGAAUGGAUUGGUCACUGCUCAAGACAAGAUUUUAAACACAGCCCUGGAAGUAAGCUGGCUGUGAUUUGAUUGCCUGUUACAGGGAAUGCCCGUCAAAAUGAGACUUGUACGUCUGGUAGAUUGUACCUACAGUGUUCAGUGUUGAUUAACCUUGCAGUUUAUUGGUGUAAUAACUUCUGUAUAACAACAUUGUGUGGACUCUUCAUUGGAACUGCUGGGCAGAUGCCAAUCAAAAUAUCAAAGGGUAAGAAACUUUUUUCCUUGAUCAAAAUGGUAUGACUGUUGGUUGUGACCAAUGAAGAAAGGCUGAAUUGUAGCCAUUUGAAACACGCUCUCAGGAAACGCUGCUUAAGGUAUAGUUAGUGCUGAAAGUUUAGUCGCAGAUUAGUCUGGGCUUCCUUGAUAGGAUAAUAUGGGACAACACGUUACAACCAUGCAUUAAGCCCGGUUUUCCCUGAGUGGAGCUCAUUUGUAUUUUUUGUUAGUGCAUACUAUGUGAAACAAUGUUGUGGCGGCAAAAACAAAUGAGGCAACAUGCCUUUUGUAUUACAGAGUAUUUGUCUUUUUGACAAAUAUAGUUACUUAAAAAAUUUGAGUGACAUUUUAUCGUCAUUCAGUAUUUGAUUACUUUGACAUUUGUAUGCCCCUUCAAAGUGGGAGCCAUUAACCCUUUCCCAAUAAGAAGCAAAGAAAAAAAGGCUAUGUGCAAAUAGCAUAAAAGCGGAACAGUCUGCGAGUAACUGGCUUCAUUUCCAACCCUUAGUUAGUGAUGAGCAGCAAACAGCAUCAAACCUGAACAGACUGCAAGUGAUUUGCAGGCUGUUCUGGUUAUAUGCUGGUUGCAAAAGCCAUUUUCACUUUGCUUCUUUUGGGGAAAGAGUUAUAGUUAUGUACAUAAUACAGAUUCUUUAGACAUAUGUAUGUGUUUUACAUGUUAUGUCUAUCUUACAAAGAAUUGCUUUAUAUUAUCCAAUAUUUAUUUUUUUCAGCUUUGUAUAAAAAUAUUUUGCUUGAGUUAGAAUAUAACUGAGCUUUAGAGGGAGCUGCCAUGAUUACAGUUCAAUUGCUUAUUAAUUGUGUAAGCCCCUACUUAAAAAGUACAAAAGUUUUGGACAUACAUGAACUGUUUAUUUAUUGUCUUGUUAAAUGUUAUUGCCAAAAAAGUAUGUGCUAUGUUGUUUUUUGGUUUAACAUGCAAUAUGUGUUGUUGAUUUUAUUUUGA